CCGCCCGAGUGAGGUCCGAGCGGACUCAGGGUUUCUGGUGUCAGAGAAGAUGACAGAGGAACUGGAUCACCUGGGACAGGACUCGGAUGCGGGUAGCGAGGAGAUGGUCCUAACUCCUGCAGAGCUCAUCGCAAGGCUGGAGCAGGCCUGGAUGAAUGAAAAGUUUGCCCCUGAGCUACUGGAAAGCAAGUCUGAAAUUAUAGAAUGUGUCAUUGAGCAGCUAGAUCACAUGGAAGAAAAUGUCAGGAGAGCCAAAAAGGGGGACCUGAAGGUCAGCAUUCAUCGAAUGGAGAUGGAGAGGAUCCGCUAUGUCCUUAACAGCUACUUGCGGUGUCGACUCCUGAAGGUUUGACAUGGAGAUACCUGUGGGCAUUAAGGCCGUGCAGUCUGUAGCAUGGACUGCAUGUCCUGGGGAGGAGUUGGGCUGGGGCAUGGCAGGGUCCAGGGCCUGAAGAUGCUGCUGAGAACCCAGUAACAGUAUAGCUGAAGACUAAGGAGAACAAGAGAUUGUUCUGGGGGAGUACAGAUAGAAUGUGUGAUCCACACCUCCUGGGACACCGUGCACAUUUUUAGUCUUUAUCUGCUAUGUGAACGGUGCCCUCUGGAGUUACAACACGGCAGAGCUGAGGGUAGAGUUGUUGGCAUUAGUGCAGUAGGGAGUACUGACUACAUGAGAACUAGCUUUAAAAAUUACUUUGCAUCUGCCAGACGGACCAUAUCAGUGUCAACUGGACCAUGGGAGCUUGACAUUCUACUAUAGCUCUGUGGCCUUGUAACUUAUAAAAAUGAAAUUGUUAAACAUU